AUGGUAUCCAAAAAGGAAAAACGUCGCUUGCAAGCUGGGGCCAAGCGCAGAGAGAAGUUGAAAGAGUUGGAGCUUGUCAAGGCUCAAUCGGCACUUGCCGUGGAAAUGCGAUUAGCCAAGAAAGCCCAAGAAAUCAAAAAGUUGCUGAAGAAUGCACAUCAUGAUGGACUGGACGACAUUGGUGUGGAAGCUCGAUUGUUGGCAUUGAGUUUUUUCUACCAGACGCACAGACCCGCCGACAUGGUUGAGCUGGUCUCCACCGGUGAUCAAGACUCCAACGAGCAAAAGUUGCUGGCACAAUAUGGGCUGUGGGCUCAUGCCGGACAGGAAAACUGGAACUCAGCUGUUACAUUUGCAGAGAAACUCUACUUGAAGGAUGAAGGGGAAGAUGAUGAACAAGGCGUCAUGUCGCCUGAUCCUCUUCGGGAAGACGAACUUCUGAUGCUUGCCAUCCACGCAUUCGCCAAUACGGACCAGCAUGUCCAGUUAGCAACAGAAAUGUUAUUGGAACAAGAUUUGGGCGCCACUGAUGCACUGGAGGCUCUCAAUGUAGUGUUGAGGUCUCAUCUUCGAACUGGCAACGUCCAGGAAUGCAAGAUUCUCUUGAAGAAAGGAAAGCAAUGUUCGCUCUUAAACGAGGAAUCAUACGAAAUAGCUCUUGCUGCUGCGGCCAAAACUGGUGAUCUUGAACUCAUGCGACAAGCAUUGGGUUUCGACCAACAAUCUGCAGAAGGCACGCUCAAGUCAUUCAUAAAAGACAAACCCGUACAUGUGAUGACACAAUUAUUGGAAACGUUUUCAAUCGCUGCUGAGCUGGGCGAAGAGUUGCCUGAUGACCUCCAAGAAGCAGCUCUCGAGGCACUGCAAGUCCUACUGAAACAAGGUAGCAGCAUUGCCCCGAAUACUCUCUCUUACAUUCUGGUAUCAUUGGAUGAUGAUGAUGAAGACGCCCUCGAAACUAUAGUCCAAUGCUUAAUCCGAAGUGGCAAAACUCACGAAGGCUGGUAUGAUCCAUUGAGCGUGCCGGCAAAGGUGAAGAUAUUUCCAGAUUUGGUUCGAGCAAAAGGAUCGAGCGGUGACGCUUGGAAGAUUCUAUCUUCUUUGGUAACGAUCGAUAAAAGAGAUGGAACUCUCUCUGAAGGUAGCAAACAGUUUCUGCGGAAGCAAGACCUCUCGUUUUGCUUGGCUGCUUUUGCCUUCGCUGUCGAUCGAAAGCACUUCAAAGUGAGUGAAGCAAUUCUGCAAGAGUGUUGGGAAACGAUUUCUGGCGCUGAAGCAGAGCUGGCUGGUACUACUAAUGUCCAAUUCGUAUUGAUGGAGAGAAUUCCAUUUCUCCCGGAGGAAUCGGUGAGGCAUGAUUUCUUUCGCAAGAUCUUGGCCAUCAGAAGAAGUGCCUUCAAUAAUGCCGACGAGAUUCCGGCGUUUGACAACCAGAGUCUGAACAUGAUUGUCCAGCAAACGGUUGCUUUGCUUCGAAGCACAGCAAAUUCAGAUGCUGCAGAAAACAAGGAAUUUGCAGUACUUACACCGGUGGUGGCAAUGGAGCUCAUCUCAAAGAUCCACACACUCACAAGUUCGGAUGCAUUCUGGAGCAUCGGGCGGCCUUCCGAUAAUGGCGCCAAGGAAGCCCUGGAAUGCAUAAUGAAAGCUUUGCUCGAAUCCAACCUACUGGAAAACGAUUGUGACUUGGUCGUUCCGGCCCAACAAUACUAUUCUUCACUUGCUCGUGUCUCGCAGUUGUCGUCCGCUAUUGAGUACAAGGAUUUUUUUUUCCCAAACACUCCAGGCACUCUGCCUGGCUCUGAAUUCGAGGAAGAUCCAUUUCAGCUCUUUCGGCGACUGGUUUUGAAGCAGAAGCGGGGAGAAGAGACAGCUGCUAGUCUAUUCAUCCUGAAACUAGAUUUUGGGGAAGGAGAGUUUACGCAGCUCUUGAAGUCUGUCCUCAAAAUGAGCUGGCAAUGUGAUCGCAUCUUGUAUCAGGAUUUUGUGAGUGACUACCACGAUUUGUUUCUUGAUUGGAAGCCAGGUGUAUUCUUUGACAGAGGGCUUUCCCGGCGCCUUUGCGAUGCCAUCCGGUACGCUGGACCUAGCAUUAGACCACCUGGGUUCAGUGAGGCCGAACAUUCUUUGUUUACAGAGCUGUCUUGGUACAGAGACUUGUGGACACCCGAAUUCGCAAGAUCACUGAUACGAGAACUAAAGAAGGCCGAGGAUUCAAAGUAUUGGAUUUCAAGGAAAACAGACACGAGUACCGGUAACAUUGAUGCAACCUGCAUGUCAGGGCUGCUCUUGGUAAAUAUGUACAGUCUCGCAGGGUACUUCGCUGAGAUUGUUGACGCAGAGACAUCGAGACCACUGGUGGAAUCUUACAUUGAUGCAUGCGGCAGCAAUUGCGCUGUCCUUGUGGACUUCCUCAUUGACGAUGGCAAGAGAAGACAGACUAGUAGAGCAAAGUCCAAGGUUCAAGGAACACUCAAUCCGGUAGCAUGCGCAGUUGCUCAAAAUUUCUUUCUUGCGAUAUCGAAGUGCUUGGCAGAUGGCUUGGCAAAGUACGAUGCUGCGAUACAACAGCUUUUGGACCGUGCAAAGCUGGAGUUCUCCCACCACCUCACAGUGGAAGACAUGCAUACAGCGGCCUAUAUUUUGUUACACAUGUCCCAAGUGGAGCUCCAACCUGAAAUCAAAAAAUGGAUCGAGCGUUGGUAUCAGCCGCAGUAUGCGAACUUUUUGCAUCCAUAUGUUAAAUUUUGCGCUGAAAGAGCUUCCUGGACAAAAUGGCGGAGACAGUGA